AUGGAGCAGAACGAGAAAACAAGUCUGGUCGAUAGAGUAUUUUCUUGGUCUAUCAAAGAUAUUCUCAAUAAAGAUUUCUACAAACAAAAGACAGUACCGGACAAGUUUAGAUCCGUUGAUGAAUAUUAUCAAUGUUUUGUUCCUCACCUACUCAUUGAAGCACAUACCGAGUUGUUCUCAAGCCUCAAAUCUGUAUCGAAAUCUCCUUUUGUUCAAAUACGUUCUAUGGAGACAAAGACGAAGCAAUCAAGUGGAAGCUCAUCAAACAAGUUGUUCUAUGAUAUAACAUUAAAAGCCACAGAGAGUUUAAGUGCCAAGUACCAGCCAAAAUGUGGAGAUCUAAUUGCUUUGACAAUGGAUAAGCCAAGACGGAUCAAUGACUUGAACCCUUUACUUCUUGCCUAUGUAUUCUCUUCGGAUGGUGAUCUUAAAAUCUCUGUUCAUUUGUCUAGAUCGAUAUCACCUCUUGAGAACUAUAGCUUCGGUGUUUUCCUAAUGACUUUAACAACAAACACUCGAAUUUGGAAUGCUUUGCACAACGAAGCUGCCAUAUCGACUCUAACCAAGAGUGUGCUUCAGGCUAAUACUGUGAACAAUGUUUUUGUUCUGAAAAUGAUGGGAGAUCUGACCUUGUUUUUGGAUAUAAUCCGGUCAACGAAAUUGAACUCUUCCCAAGAGGAUGCAAUCUUGGGCUGCCUUGAGACAAGAAACUGUACCCAUAAGAACAGUGUGAAACUGAUAUGGGGACCUCCUGGAACAGGCAAAACAAAGACGGUCGCGACUCUUCUCUUUGCCCUUCUCAAACUAAGGUGCAAGACAGUUGUGUGUGCUCCUACAAACACAGCUAUUGUACAAGUUGCAUCGAGGCUCUUAUCCUUAUUUAAGGAAAAUUCGACAUCGGAAAAUGCUACUUACAGGCUAGGGAAUAUCAUUUUAUCAGGAAACCGGGACAGAAUGGGGAUUCACAAGAACGAUCAUGUUCUUCUCGAUGUGUUUCUUGAUGAGCGUAUUGGUAAGCUUGGUAAACUGUUUUCACCAUUUUCUGGAUGGAUGCAGAGAUUAGAGUCACUGAUACAGUUUCUUGAAAACCCGGAGGGUAAGUAUGAGAGACAUGUCUACGAGUUAGAAGAAGUUGAAAGAAUGGAGGAAGAAGCUGAAAGGCAAGAAGUUGUUGUUAACAUUCCUACGAUUGGAGAAUUCGUAAAGAAGAAUUUCAAUAGCUUAAGUGAAGAAGUGGAGACAUGCAUCGUUGAUUUGUUCACACAUCUUCCCAAGGUUUACCUUCCAUAUGAUGAUGUGAAGAUAAUGAUUGCUUCUCGUCAAUCUCUUCAGCGUAUCAGAUAUUUCUUGCGGGAGAAUUCUUCUAGGGUUGAUUUCGAGGAAGGAAAUUUCAGAUUUGAUUGCUUCAAAAGACUCAGUGUUGAUUGCCUCAAGGCUCUACGCUUACUUCCAAAACGUUUUGAGAUUCCAGACAUGUUAGAAAACGAAGAUAUUAGGAAAUUUUGUCUUCAAAACGCGGAUAUUAUCCUCUGCACAGCCUCGGGUGCUGCGGAAAUGAACGUGGAAAGGACAGGAAAUGUAGAACUGCUUGUGGUUGAUGAGGCGGCUCAGCUUAAGGAAUGUGAAUCAGUUGCUGCAUUGCAACUUCCGGGACUGCGUCACGCCAUUUUAAUAGGAGAUGAGUUUCAAUUGCCUGCAAUGGUUCAUAAUGAGAUGUGUGAAAAGGCGAAAUUCGGAAGAAGCUUGUUUGAGAGAUUGGUUUUGCUUGGUCACAACAAACACUUGCUUGAUGUUCAAUAUCGAAUGCAUCCUUCUAUUAGUCGUUUCCCCAACAAGGAGUUUUAUGGUGGGAGAAUCAAAGAUGCUGAAAAUGUUAAAGAAAGCAUUUAUCAAAAGAGGUUUCUUCAAGGAAACAUGUUUGGCUCAUUUUCUUUUAUCAAUGUUGGACGUGGAAAAGAAGAGUUUGGUGAUGGACAUAGUCCCAAAAACAUGGUUGAAGUUGCUGUGGUUUCUGAAAUUAUAUCAAAUCUUUUCAAAGUUUCAUGUGAAAGGAGGAUGAAGGUGAGUGUCGGAGUGGUCUCACCUUACAAAGGACAGAUGAGAGCAAUCCAAGAGAAAAUCGGAGAUAAGUACAGUUCCUUAUCAGGUCAGCAAUUCGCUUUGAAUGUUCGGUCCGUAGAUGGUUUCCAAGGAGGAGAAGAAGACAUUAUUAUCAUCUCCACCGUUAGAAGUAACAGUAAUGGAAAAGUGGGGUUUCUCAACAACCGUCAAAGAGCUAACGUGGCACUGACUCGAGCAAGACACUGUUUAUGGGUGAUUGGGAACGAGACAACUUUGGCUCUAAGUGGUUCGAUUUGGGCAACACUGAUAAGUGAGUCUAGGACACGUGGAUGUUUCUAUGAUGCUACUGAUGAGAUGAAUCUAAGAAAUGCCAUGAAUGAAGCUUUGCUUGAGGAUGUGUCUUCGAGUCUUGGAUCUCUUUCGAUUAGGAAUGGCCAUGGAAGAAGAAAUGUGUGGUAG